UAAAACAGGCAAAAGCAGCAGAUCGACAACACGGUUGUUUCAUUGUUGGGCUUGCAAGCCGCCUCGACGCUCUUUCUUUUAUUUCAUGACAUUUUUAACAUAGACGUAAGAUAAUGAACAGAUAACUUUAUCUUACACGUUCAAUAUGUUGUUUAUUCAAGACUCCUAAAGUAACUGGCAUUCCGUGAUCUAAAUAGCAUUCCCUAGCUUUUUUCCAUCAUGUUUGUUUGUUUCAUCGCUGAAACUUGUCUCCACUUGCUAUUUAUGAAUUGAGUGACAGCCCCGGGAUAGGACUCACCUGUUGGUUACAGUUUUCACCAGUCAAACGGGUUCAUAUUGGUUUCACCUAAGUAACCAUACUUGUGUGGCUUCAUGAAUCCACUCCCACUUCAAAGUCAACUCUGGAAAUCUGAGCCCUGGGUGGAUUGUGUUUUUUUUUUCCCCCGUAGUUCACUUCCUCCUUUAAUACUCAAGCACUGCAGGCUGAAUGUUACUGUAUCAACAAGCGCGGUAUGUCCCCGAGCAAUGAGUCGAAACAGGGGGAGUAGUACACAGUAAAAGUUUCACUAGUUUUAAUUCGGGUCAUUAUGAGUGACUUGAAUGUAAAUGGGGCUCUGACUCGCAGAAGAAGGGCGACUCUUAUAGAAGGGCGAGCUGCGACGGAGCCGGCGGUGAACGGGGAUUCUGCAACGGGGACGGCGAGUUUAGUGGACGGGGACUUCGGCCUCCACGAUGGACAGAGGAUACGGGGGUGUUCCCUGAAGCGGUCCGCUGCAAAGAGCGAGAAAAAGAAUCGCAGGGGUGAAGUUGGUGACCGACUGAGCUGUCACAAGGCACAGGAGUCUCUUUUGAGUUCUGCCAGCGGUUAUAGGAACUACAGAGGAAUAAUCAACUGGUGUGUGGUGAUGCUGGUCCUGAGUAAUGCUCGUCUCUUUUUAGAAAACAUUUUAAAGUAUGGUAUUCUUGUAGACCCCAUUCAAGUGAUUUCCUUGUUUCUGAAUGACCCCUACAACUGGCCUGCAGCGUGCUUGUUGAUUGUGUCCAAUGUGUUUAUUCUUGUGGCUCUCUACACUGAAAGGCAGCUGUCGAAGGGUUCAUUUAGUGAAUUUGCUGGAUUUCUGGUCCACUGCAUUAAUUUAUCAAUCUUGCUAACAUUUCCUGCUGCCGUGGUGCUGUGGGUUCCCUCUAUGACAUCAGUUGGUGGUGCGAUUGCACUCGGUAUUUACACAAUCCUCUUCCUGAAGCUGUAUUCGUAUAAGGAUGUGAACUUGUGGUGCAGGCAGCUGAGCACCGCCAAGGCCAAGAAACUGUCCAGGUCACUGUCUUGUCCUUCAUCACAGCAGUUUAAAGGGGGUGAACAGAAAGUGUGUUACCCUGGCAACCUUACAUUCAAAAAUAUGUACUACUUUGUCCUUGCUCCGACUUUGUGUUAUGAGCUCAACUUCCCUCGAUCUCCUAAAAUUCGCAUUCAGUUCUUGCUGAGGAGGCUGUUUGAGAUGCUGUUUUUCAUCCAGCUGUUAGUUUUUCUCACCCAACAGUGGAUGGUCCCCAUCAUUCAAAGCUCAAUGAAGCCUCUUGAAGACAUGGAUCUGUCCCUGAUGACUGAGAGACUUUUACGAUUAGCUGUCCCUAAUCACUUGUUAUGGUUGAUGUUUUUCUACUGGUUCUUCCACUCAUCUAUGAAUUUCACAGCCGAGCUGCUGCGCUUUGGAGACAGACAGUUUUACAAUGACUGGUGGAAUUCUGAGUCAGUGACUUAUUUCUGGCAAAACUGGAACAUUCCUGUACACAAGUGGUGUCUACGUCAUUUCUACAAGCCUCUGCUGAGAAAAGGAUUUAGUAAAAUGGUCAGCCAGUCAGCUGUCUUCUUCCUGUCAGCGUUCUUCCAUGAGUAUCUGGUCAGUGUCCCUCUCAGGAUGUUCAGACUCUGGGCUUUCACAGGCAUGAUGGCACAGCUUCCAUUAGCAUGGCUUGUUGGCCGCUUCCUGCGAGGUAACUACGGCAACGCUGCAGUGUGGAUGUCCAUCAUCAUUGGCCAGCCAUUUGCUGUAUUGAUGUACGUCCACGACUACUACGUGAUGAACUACAGCAAUGGAGCAGAAUAAUACACACACAAGCCAGUGUAGGUCAGACCUUGUUUUUUCAUGAUCUCCUCCCUCUGACUCUCCUGGAUGAACAAACACAUAAACGGUACUAAUACACAGCAAUGAACUGAUAUCACAGUCUACAUCUCAGGAUAAUCUCAGCAGAUUUUUUUUUUUUUUAUGAUUUUGUCAUGUUUACGUAAAACCUCUUGUAAAUUUUACAGAUGACAAAAAAAUGUUAUGAUAUUAAAGGAAUCAUGAAGUAACACUCUAACUAUAGCAGGGCCAUAGAAAAACUGCUAACUGCAGCUUUAUACUCAGGUGAUCGGUACUUUAGUGUCUUAUGUACGAGUAGGGGCUGAAACCUCUAGUGAAUGCAGAACUUGUAUUUCAGUCCAGGAAGAUAGAGUUUUGUUAAUUUUUUUUGUGACGUUAAUUUGAUUCUCUGGCUUUGUAAUUACUGAGGAAAAUGUAUUUCUAUCUAUCCAUCCAUUGUGAGGAGGAAUGAUUGUAUGGGGGAGGAUUCUGUUGUCUUUUUGCUUUAGGAUUUUUUUUCACCAGUUGUUGUAAAAUCAACAGUACUGCAAGUGCUCUUGAUUGUGAGAUUUGCAUUAUUAUUUUCACCUAAAGUGCCAUCUGAAAACAUGUCUAGUUUAUUCAAAAUCAUUCAUCUUUGUGGACUAUUGCCAAGUGUCAUAUGUUUAAACAAUGUCGUAUGGAAUAAAUCUGUAAAGAAACUGGAGAGAACAUUUUAUUUUA